CGUAGAAGUGAUCGCCAAACUUGUCCACCUCCCCGCCGCAGAUGCAUCGCUGCGAGACGGUUGCGUGCGGGAGGGCAAUGCCGAGACACCCGGCGACGGCGUGGCGAUACUGGAAGUUGUUCAGUGUCUUGCUAUCGCUGGAAGGGAUUGCUGACAGCCAACCAGACGAAAAAGGCCCUUGGCAGCUCAGAAGACGGGCGCGGGCUCUGCAGUCGGGGGGGAGGGAGUUGAAGAGCUCGUUGAAGCGGAACUUGUGCAGUUGAUCGGUCAGGCGCUGCUGUAGCCGAACCUGCGGUCUCGAGAGAAAGUCUUGGAGGGGAGGGGAGGGAAAAGGAGGGGCCGACCACCUCAGAGAUGGCAGCGAGGGCGGGGACUGCCGCUUGAAGCCAUGGCAGAUCCAAAAGAGCAGCGGGCCCACCCUGAGGCAUCCACGGUGCUCCUCGGAACCGGCUAGAGACGUCAAAAGCCGUCACACCGAUCGAGCCCAGAAAAGCCGCACGAGCAAUCGUGGAUGCGGAGACAAGGCCAAACCCUCCCAGCCGGAUGGGUAGCUGCACUUGUGCGGAGACCGAGUCGCGAUCGGGGAAGUCGCCGGGAAAGCGGAACAU